AUGCCUCAGCCGCUGCCGUCAAAGGAGGCGUCCCUCUUCCGGACCCUCGUGCGCAACUACGACGACAAGCAGUACAAGCGUGGAAUUAAGAAUGCCGACAUUAUCCUCAAGAAGCACCCCAAGCAUGGCGACACGCAGGCCAUGAAGGCCCUCAUCCUCAACUCCCAGGGCAAGACGGACGAGGCCUUUGCGCUCGGCAAGGUCGCCCUCAUGGCCGACAUGAAGUCUCACAUUUGCUGGCACGUCUACGGCCUGCUGUGGAGGGCCGUCCGCAAGUACGACGAGGCCAUCAAGGCGUACAAGCAGGCUCUCGCCAUCGACCCCGACUCGGCCCAGAUCCUGCGCGACCUCGCCCUGCUGCAGAUGCAGACACGCGACUACCCGGGCUACGUCCAGAGCCGCAUCACCAUGCUGCAGGCCAAGUCCCAGCUGAUCCAGAACUGGACCGCGCUGGCCGUGGCCCACCACCUCAACGGCGACCUGCCCGCCGCCGAAAAGGUCAUCAACAUGUACGAGAGCACCCUCAAGACGACGCCGUCGAGCCGCGACAUUGAGCACUCCGAGGUCGUCAUGUACAAGAACAGGCUCAUCGCCGAGCAGGGCGAGUACGAGCGCGCCCUCGAGCACCUUCAGACGGCCGCCAAGUCGAGCCUCGACAGGCUCGCCGUCAUGGAGAAGCGAGCCGAGUACCUCGCGAGGCUCGACAAGAGGGACGACGCCGCCGACGCCUACCGGGCCCUCAUCAACCGCAACCCCGACCACACCGAGUACUACGCCAAGCUGGAGGAGGCCCUGGCUCUCGACUCGACCGAGGCGAGGAAGCAGAUCUACGACGACUUUGCCGCCAAGCACCCGCGCUCCGACGCGCCCCGCCGCCUGCCGCUCAACUUUCUGACCGGCGACGACUUCAAGACGGCCGCCAAGGCGUACCUGACGUCGGCACUCAACAAGGGCGUGCCGUCGACCUUUGCCAACCUGAAGCACCUCUACUCGGACGCGUCCAAGAAGGAGACGCUCGCCGCCCUCGUGCACGACUACAUCAAGUCGGACGCCGACAGGCCCGCCAACGGCGACGCCACCAAGGGCGAGGCCGCCGCCCUGUACUACCUGGCGCAGCACUACAACUACCACCUCAGCCGCGACCUGGCCAAGGCCAUGGAGUACGUCGACCUGGCGAUCGAGAAGGUCCCCAAGAGCCUCGAAUUCCACAUGACCAAGGCGAGGAUAUGGAAGCACAAGGGCAACCUGGAAAAGGCGUCCGAGUGGAUGAACCACGCGCGGUCCCUCGACACGCGCGACCGGUACAUCUGCACCAAGGCCGCCAAGUACCAGCUGCGGAACAACAAGAACGACGAGGCCAUCAAGACCAUGGGCCUCUUCACGCGGGCCGAGACGGUCGGCGGCCCCUUUAUGGACCUCAUCGACAUGCAGGCCGUGUGGUACAUCACCGAGGACGGCGAGGCGUUUGCUCGCUCGGGCGACGAGGGCAGCGCGCUGAGACGGUUCGAGCUCGUGCAGACCAUCUUCGACACGUGGGUCGAGGACCAGUUUGACUUCCACGCCUUUUCCCUGCGCAAGGGGUUCAUCCGUGCCUACGUCGACAUGCUGAGCUGGGAGGACCGCAUCCGCGAGCACCCCUUUUACUCGCGCGCCGCGCUGGACGCCGUCGCCAUCUACCUCAAGCGACACGACCGCGCCGCCGCCGCCGCGGCCAACGGGGAUGUCAACGGCGCCGAUGCCGCGGAGCGUAAAAAGGCCGCCAAGAAGGCCAUCAAGGAGAAGCAGAAGCAGGAGCGCGAGGCGGCCGAGCGCGCGGCCAAGAAGGACCCCAACAAGGGCAGCAGCGCCAAGGAGGGCGCGACCAGGGAGCUCGAGGACCCCUCGGGCCUCAAGCUGCUCGACGCCGAGCCCCUGGCUGCCGCCAUGAAAUACGUCGCCCACCUGUUGCAGUUCAGCCCCAAGAGCAUCGACGCGCAGCUGGCCGGCUUUGACGUGUACCUUCGUCGGAAGAAGUACGUGCUCGCGCUGCGCAGUCUCAACGCCGCCCUGUCGCUCGACGCGUCGCACCCCAAGGUGCACGAGCGCCUCGUCGAGUUCAAGCACACGAUCGACCCCGUCAUCGACUCGCUGUCGCCCAAGGUCAAGGAGGUCAUGGCGUCCGAGUUCAAGUCGCCGGCGUCGGACGUGUCGCAGUACAACGACGAGUUCCUCCGCAGCAAUAAGUCGAGCCCCGCCCACGUCAUCGCGGCCAUCAAGUCGCGCAGGGUGCUGGGCGCCGAACCGGCCGCGGUCGAAAAGGACCUCGCGGCGACGGUCGACCUCGAGGGCCUGACGUUUGAGCAGGCCGGCGAGGUGCUCGAGCAGCUGCGGUUCUGGCGGAGCGGCGAGGCCGACAAGUUCCGGGCGGGCGCGCAGAGCCGAUGGCCCGAGGUGACGCUGUUCGCUUAG